AUGGAGGCGAACACAACAAUGUUAGCACUUUCAAAUGUUUCAGAUACUAGAUUGAUUUGUUAUACACCAUCCAUGACCACAACAGAUGGUAUAUGGAAAGGAGAUAACCCUUUAGAUUAUUCUAUCCCUCUCUUCAUUAUCCAAUUAACCUUGGUUGUUCUUACCACUUGUUUUUUUGUUUUCAUCCUCAAACCAUUUAAACCUCCUCGUGUCAUUGCUGAAAUCUUGGGUGGAUUGUUUUUGGGGCCAACGGUGCUAGGUAGAGAUGAAACCUUUGCAAAUAAUGUAUUUCCUCUAAAAAGUGCUGUGGUUUUAGAAACUUUGGCGAAUAUAGGUUUGAUAUACUUUCUAUUCCUAAUUGGUUUAGAGAUGGAUAUAUCGAUUGUAAAACAGACGGGGAGAAAGGCGGUGUCGAUUGCCAUUGCCGGUAUGAUACUGCCCUCGAUUGUUGGUGUUGGAAUAUCAUUUGUUAUGAAUGAUAGAGAUGAAAGUGUGAAUGAAAUUGGUUAUGUUCUCUAUCUUGCUAUUGUUCUAUCUGUUACUUCAUUUCCUGUGCUCGCGCGAAUACUGACUGAGCUUAAACUCAUUAAUACCGAGUUAGGAAAGCUUGCCCUUUCGACUUCCCUCGUGAAUGAUGUGUUUGCUUGGGUUUUACUAGCUCUAGCUAUUGCUUUAUCUGAGAAAAAUGCAUCCACAGUGGCUUCUGUUUGGGUUGUUUUGUCAAAUGUUUUCUUUGUUGGUUUCUGUUUUCUUGUUGUUAGGCCAUCUGUGGCUUUGUUGAUCAAGAAAACUCCGGAAGGGAAACCGUUUAGCAAGUUCCAAAUAUGUGUUGUGCUUGUUGGCGUUAUGGUCUCGGCUUUCAUUACAGAUGUUAUUGGAACACAUUCAAUUUUCGGAGCUUUUGUUUAUGGAUUAGUGAUUCCAACCGGUCCACUCGCAGCUGCUAUAAUCGAAAAGCUAGAAGACUUUGUUUCAGGGCUUUUGCUACCUCUUUUUUAUGCUAUUAGCGGACUCAAGACUAACAUUACCUUAGUUCACGGAGGUCGUUUUUGGGCAUUUGUAUUCGCAAUUGUUCCUCUCGCUUGUUUUGGAAAGAUCAUCGGUACUCUUUUUUUUUCAAUCCUUUUUGACAUACCAGCUCGCGAUGGCGUCGUGCUUGGUUUUCUUAUGAACACCAAAGGUCUUAUUGAAAUGAUUGUGCUCAAUAUUGGGAGAGAACAAAAGGUCUUAGGUGAUGAAAUAUUCUCAAUUAUGAUUAUUGUAACACUUAUAAUGACAGCGAUAGUUUCACCUAUUGUGACAUUAAUCUAUAAGCCGAGGAAAAUACUCAUACCUUAUAGAAGGAGGACAGUACAAAGUUCAAGAGUUGAUGCAGAGUUAAGGGUUCUGGUGUGCAUUCAUUCUCCUAGAAACGUUCCUACAAUAAUAAAUCUUUUAGAAGCCACAAACCCAAACAAAAUGUCUCCGAUGUGCGCUUAUGUGCUCCAUUUAGUCGAACUCACCGGUCGAGCUUCAGCCAUGCUUUUCGUCCAUGCCACUAUACAAACAGGAGGUCCAGUGGUCAACAAAACACAAGCACAGACCGAACACAUCAUCACCGCAUUUCGUAAAUUCGAGGAACAUGUUAGUUACGUCGCGGUCCAACCUUUAACCGCUGUUUCGCCUUACUCUACCAUGCAUGAAGACAUAAACAUUUUGGCCGAGGAAAAACGCGUAGCCACCAUCAUCAUUCCUUUUCAUAAACAACAAACAGUUGAUGGAGACAUGCUAGAAACAAAUCCAGCAUUGAGAAUGGUGAACCAUAAUUUACUACAAACUGCUCCUUGUUCGGUCGCGAUACUUGUUGACAGAGGCCUUAACGGAUCCAACCAGUUAACUUCAAAUAAAUCUUCUCAUCAGGUGGCUGCGUUAUUCUUUGGCGGAUCAGAUGACAGGGAAGCAUUAUCCUAUGGAUGGAGAAUGUCAAGGCAUCCCAGAGUUGUGCUCACUGUGAUGCAUUUCAUUCAUAGAAAAGAUGCAACUCAAACAUUAAACGCGGACGAUGCAACUCAAACAUUAAACACGGACGACGAUCAAAUGGACAAUCAAAGAAGUUUGAUUUCAAAAAAACUAGACGAAGAGUGUAUAAAUGAUAUAAAAAUGAUAGCCGCGAACGAUGAAUCAGUGAAGUACAUAGAAAAAAUUGUGAGUAACGGGGAGGAAACAAUUACGGCGAUAAGAGAAAUGAACAAUUUCAACGAUCUCUUCAUAGUUGGGAGGAGUCAUGGAAAUUCUUCGGAAUUAACGGAAGGUUUGACGGAUUGGAGCGAAUGUCCCGAGUUAGGAGGCAUUGGAGAUUUGCUUGCUUCCUCGGAUUUUGAAACAACAGCUUCGGUGCUUGUUAUGCAUCAAUAUGUUGGACAAGGACCAGAUGGAGAGGAUGUUUUUGUUGGAGAAAGACCAUGGCAAUCAAGUGAAAAUUUUAAUAACAUGAGACAACAAUGUAAGGGAAGAUAUACAAAUAAAAUAAUGGGGGCAAAUACUCAAACAUCACAGUUUUUAUAA